AUGCUUAGAGACGCGCCAGAAAGUAGCAAAUCUGAUGCUUCAAAUUCUAACCUUCUAAUUCGAAGUCGGCCCCCAAGAUCCUCAGACACACGACGACCGCCAUCUCCCACUUCUAACGCUACUGCCGAGCCAACUCCUGCAACGAUUCAUAAUUCUUCUGAAGAAAAACUACAGCAAACUGGGUCAGAGCAAUCGGUUUUAUCACGACGUUAUGAUUUACCCCAGCGGGAACUGGGCUUAGCAACUCCUGAAACAGAGAAUACAAGCUUUUUACACUGCAAUAAGGGGAAGCGGGGCCAACGAACCCGCUCAAUGCUUGGGAAACAAUACCAUGAAGAGCCAUCAAGUGUCUCUGGAAUAGCUAGCCCCAUAGCACCUUCGGAUAAAGAUAGCAAUGGGGAUAGUUGUGGAGAUGGUCUAGAAAAGUCCCCACUUCUAGAGAAGCAGUCUAGCACAGCUCCCACCCAGGCGGCUGGCCGUCGUGGUAAUACCCAGCUGGAUAAUGGUUCGAUUGAGGGCAAUUUACGGAAGUCAAUGAAAAUGAAGCUUCAGGUAAAGUCACGACGCAACAAGCAAGGACUACUCGGGUUAGAACCCUCGAAUUCGCAAAAUAUGUGCUUGCCCAGCCCCAGCCUCUCUCCGAUAGCUCUCAUGAACGCACAACAAUUGGGAGAAGCGUCGGAUUCAACAGAUGACGGAGGUGCAGAUUCAAGCUUGGAUGAGCUGCUGAAAUCUAGCAAUAAGGGCAUCCGUACAAAGAAGGUCAAGAAAAUAAUGGACUACAGCAAGAAAAUUGCCAGCAGGGGAUGUAUGCCAUUGUCGCCAAACUCCUUGGUACUUGAUAUGCCGAACAUGUUGAGCUCUUUUGAGGCGAUACCAGAUGAACUCAAGUCGUACAUGAUGUACCAGUUCCUCCGCAGAUGUCCGAAAUCAACCCUUCAUCUUGUUGCAAAUGUCGUCAAUCCUGCAUUAAAGUGUGACUUUCUGUCUAACCUACCCUUAGAGCUUGGUUUAAAUAUUGUGAAAUAUCUCGAUGUGAAGUCCAUGUGUCGAGCUUCCCAGGUCUGCAGAAAAUGGAGGCACAUCAUCAAUUCGGAUGAGAAGACAUGGAAGGCACAUUUUGUUGCUGAUGGAUUUGUUCUCCCUGCUGGGGAGUUACAGCAAGCCAUCGAACAAGGCUGGGGGUGGCAGUUCUCUAUGUCCCCCAGCGAUGGUGAAAAGGACCUCCGCACCCAAUCUUUCAGAUCAUCUGAUAGCGAAUGUUCCUCGUCAAGCGCAUGGCAUCCUGAUGUUACAGACUCUAAGAUAACCACCCUUCCAACGCCGUUUUCUCCAUCUCCAAGGAAACUGAAACGCAAGGCCACAGCUCAUCUAAGCGGUCGAAGAGCUGCCAAAAGGGCGGAAACAGUCCUUCCUUCUCCCUCCGAAGAUAAAGCCACGCCCUGGCUCCAAGAACAGCUUACAGCUAGUGAAAAUCCUUUUAUUGCUGCCAAUGCAGCAGCUAUGGCUGUUCCCUACCCAGAUUUUGGCUUGCCUUCCCUGAAGAGUCUACACCUCUACAAGACACUCUAUCAGAGACAUUAUUCCAUAAAACAUAACUGGAUGCGCGAAGAUGCGAAACCAUUGCAUCUUGCAUUUCGCGCUCAUGACCGCCAUGUCGUUACCUGCCUGCAGUUUGAUACUGAUAAGAUCUUGACUGGAAGUGAUGAUACAAAUAUCAAUGUUUACAACACCAAAACUGGAGCCCUUCAAUCAACCCUUCAGGGCCAUGAGGGAGGUGUUUGGGCCCUCGAAUACUACGGUAAUACUCUUGUCUCAGGGUCGACGGAUAGAUCUGUCCGUGUCUGGGAUAUCGAAAGUGCAAAAUGCACGCAAAUUUUCCAUGGCCAUACAUCUACUGUUAGAUGCUUGCAGAUCCUAUUGCCAGCAGAGGUCGGAACUCUUCCAGAUGGCACUCCAGAGAUGAUGCCUAGGGAACCACUGAUUAUCACUGGGUCGCGCGACUCUACGCUUAGAGUCUGGACGUUGCCAAAGCCUAGUGAUCCCACGUAUUUCCAGGCGGGUCCUGCACAGGAUGAUGGGACUUGCCCCUACUUCGUUAGAGUGAUGGUAGGGCACACGCACUCAGUCCGCGCUAUUGCUGCCCACGGCGAUACCUUAGUAAGUGGAAGCUAUGACUGCACUGUCAGGGUCUGGAAAAUAUCCACUGGCGAGGCCAUUCAUUGCCUUCAAGGCCACAGUUUCAAAGUUUACAGUGUGGUUCUGGAUCAUAAACGAAACCGCUGCAUCAGUGGUUCAAUGGACCACAUGGUCAAAAUUUGGUCUCUUGACACUGGUGCUGUCCUCUAUAACCUAGAAGGGCAUACUUCACUUGUUGGCCUUCUCGACUUAAAUGCCGGCCGCCUCGUUUCCGCUGCAGCGGAUUAUACCUUAAGAAUAUGGGAUCCCGAGAAUGGUCAAUGCAAGAACACAUUGACCGCACAUACAAAUGCCAUCACCUGCUUCCAACAUGAUUCUCAGAAAGUCAUUUCCGGCUCUGAUAGGACGUUAAAAAUGUGGAACGUGAAAACCGGCGAGUGUUUGAAAGACCUUCUCACUGAUCUCAGCGGAGUCUGGCAAGUUAGAUUCAAUGAUAGGCGAUGUGUUGCAGCUGUUCAGCGAAACCGCCUUACAUAUAUCGAGGUUCUUGAUUUUGGUGCCUAUCGUGAUGGAACGCCCGCACACAAGCUUGGCCAGCGCAUUGUCGUCGAUGAAAAUGGCGAAGAAAUUAGCGAUGAAGCCAAACCUCCUGUAGAAGAGGAAGUCUCGGAUUCCUAA